AAAAAAAUAACACACGAGUUCACAGCCAUGCGAAUGAUAAUACCAGCGCUUUUGAUCUUGAUAUUGUUGGAGGUCGGGAGCUCUCUGGCCGACGAUUUUAUUUACAAGUUCGGUUCGCAUGAGGAGGAUCCUGUAAUUUAUACAACUAAUGGGAAGUUGGGAUUGUUUGAAUAUGAAAAAGAAAUUCCUAUUGCAACGUCGAUUGAACCCUCUCUAGAAGUGCGGUACGUGAAGGUUUUGGUGUCGUCACUAUCUCCACCUAAAGUGGAAUAUGAUGCUAAGUACAAGAAGAUCACAAUAAAAUACUCAUGGGCGCAGGCGCCGGCUCUAGGUGGUAAAUUCCGCAUCGAAGUUCACGGAUCUCCAGCAGACACAAAAUAUAAUUACAAAUACAUGGUAGCUGUAUGACAUAACCAAUUAAUUAUAAAAUAACAGUAUUAUUUAAAGAAGUCAUUACCGUCACAAUUAAGGAAUUGAGAACAUCGAGAAGAUAUCUGCACUGCAACCCCCGUAACAUUGCAAGAAGCAAACUUUUCUAAAUUCUAAAUAAAAAGCUCCAUUCAUAGCCUUAAAAUCUCUGUUUGAUUCCAAAAUACCUAUUAACGUACCAGUAGAAAAUUGGCUAAGUAUUUAAUCUCUGUAAAUUAUAGACAAAUAGACUAUAUAUAGAGGGUAAG